AAUGCGGAGCGGGUAUAUUGGCAGGUGCUGCCAGGGCAGAGGCGCUGCGGGCAGCCGGUGCGGGAGAGGGGCACGGCCGCUAUGGGCAGCAGCGCGAGCAGCCACGGCGGCAGGAAGGUGUCCUUCGGGCUGGACGAGCGGGAGCAAAUCCGGGUGCUGCAGGGCAUCAGGCUCACUGAAGAUGUAGUGAACCGAAUGAGGGGGUGCUCUGUAAGGAAAAGGGACAUCCAUCCAUCUCCCCGUGCAUCCGAUGGCACAGCUCCAUCUUCACUGGCUGCAGGAGUGAAACCCAAACCUACAGGAAUUCAGCCACCAAAGGCAAGUGACUCUGCUGCAGAGCAUGAACUCUACAGGAGGUAUGUGGAAGAGCAGGCACUGGUCCAAGAGGAGUUGCUCUGGCUAGCCAAAAAAGAAAGGGAAGCAGCCUGUGAGGCCAAGCAAAGGAACUGCAUUAUUGAGGAGAGGCAGAAAACAGCCCAGGUGCCUGUGGAUUUGGACGCCUGGGCUAUGCAGCUGCAAGUCAGAGAGGCAGAGUUGAAGCUACAAGAGGACUUCUAUAAAGAGCAGUUGGCCCGCAUUGAGAAGAAGAAUGCAGAGAUCUACAAGAUGACAACUGAGCAGUAUCAUGAGGCAGCCACCAAGGCAGAGGAACAGAUAAAGAGGAGGCAUGCUGAUCCUGUCUGUGUAAACCUGCAGUCUGAAAUUCUGAAGUGCUUCCGAGAAAACAAAAAUGAAGUGCUCAAUUGCUCGGAGCUGGCGAAGGAAUAUCAGCGCUGUGUUAGUGCAGCUCAGAAGGGGCUGUUAGUUAAUUCUGGAUAAACAUCACCCGCCAAGGAGCAGAGGACAGGGACCACAGACGCCCUUGGAAUCCCCAGCAUCCUUCUGGACACUGACCAAAACCAGUGCCUUCUGCCCUCCAUGACCAAGACAAUACAACAUGAUUCCUCUUCUAACUGCCUGCAUGUAUCAGUCUCGGUGAAUGUUCCUGGAGUUGGGAGAAGGGUCCCAGGAGCAGGGGAUGCUAUAGUUUCUUUUCAUUGUUUUGCAAUGUAAAGAAUUGUGUUGACCCCAGGUGCUUCCAGCACAUCUUGUAGUUUGGGGUUUUGCCCCAACAUAAGCCUGGUUCACCCAGUUAUAGCUUUGGUUUCACCAACCUGCCUAUGAGUUUCAAGAGCUGUUGCUUCUGUUUGCUUGCUCUGGAGAAAGAAGUAUUUGGAAGUAACCCUGAGUAGCUUGUUAGGAUUAACUGUUCCUAGCAUGCUGCUUUUGGUUACACCAGCAGGCACAUUCCUUCCCUUCCAAGGUUCCCUCCUAAACAAUAAAGUGUUUAAUGGUGA